UUCGCUGCCAAUACUCCUACGAGGCUAGCUGGACCCCUCGAUACAUGCUCAUUAGGUAGAAGGUAUCUAUAUGACGGUCAAACGAGCGCCUUCAGCAAGCCCGGCUCAGGGAAACACCCUCCGCGACUUCUUCUCCAAACAGCCGGCGGACGAUUCGGAUGCCGUCUCGAAACGGCGAAAGGUCACGCCCUCUCCCCGGGCGAGAAAGUCGAGCGACCUUAUCGGCAGCUCAGCCGUCAAGGCCAGUGGUCUAAAUAGGAGGACUUCCGGCAGCAAAGUGGGACAGACCGAUGAAACGCCGGUAGUGAUCAGCAGCGACGAGGACGACGAGAUCACCAUCCUGGAUGAAUCACCUGCGCCCGCUAGAAAGGCUAGCAAGCUCGAGAGUAAUGGCUUGUUGGGAGAUUUUACUCCUACCAAACCACUCCAACGAAAGACUUCGGGCUCCGAUGCUGUAGCACACAAAGCAAGCAGGGGAAAGUCACAGGUUUCUCUUCCUCUGCGCAACCUCGAUCCUCCUCCUCAACCCGUAGCUGGGCCUUCGAAACCGACCGACAGGCCACCUUCCCCUAUAGAAGACGCUGAAGAGCACAAGAAGCUGUCUCAGGCUUUGGAAGCGGAAGAAGACGCCUGGGAUGAAGGGGAUGAGGAGGGGUAUGGAAUGGAGGAUCCCAGAGACGAAGAAGCGGAGGAUGACGGAUCUGAUGCGGAUGGAGAGGAUCCGCUUCCCUCAGCGCAGCCGCCAAAGGGUGUUUGUUUGGGAACCUUGAUGGGCGAUAGGAAAGUUGAAGGUGGUGGUACGAUCAUCGAUAUCGAUGAGGACGAUGAGGACGGCGGACCGAGACCAAAGAAGACCCCUUCCAAAGCCAAACGACCCCUCUCUUCCUUCUUUCCCCCCAACCCACCUCGAGAACCGCAAGAAGCAGAAGAGGAAGACGUCGAACCGUCCGCUACCCCUGGCAAACCCAACGCCUUUGCUGUGCUCAUGAAUGGACAUAAAGAAAAGGCCGAGUGGAAGGUGGCCGAGGUGGAUUUGAAACGGGAUGGCAAACGGGUCGUCGGCAGGAGAAAGGCGCCAUUUUACAAGGUCAUGACAGGAAUGCCGAUCGCGGUCGAUGCGUUCCGGUACGGGAGUAUACCCAAAGUCAAGGCGUACUUUUUGACACAUGCGCACUCGGACCAUUAUACGAAUCUUUCGGGAAGCUGGCGUCAUGGUCCUAUCUAUUGUUCAGAAACGACGGCCAACCUGAUCAAGUUGAUGCUCGGUGUAGAUGCCAAAUGGGUGCAUGGUCUUCCAUGGGAUGUCCCUUACGAACUCCCAAAUACGGGCGGAGUCAUGGUUACAGUACUCCAUGCCAAUCACUGUCCCGGGUCCUCGCUGUUCCUCUUCGAAGGCCGUCAAACGGUGGACGCGGGCGACUCGGUCGGAUUCAAGAACCCCUACAUAGGCUCGAAGCGAAUAUGGAGAUACCUACACUGCGGCGAUUUCCGUGCUUGCCCGCAGAUGGUCCUCCAUCCUGCUAUUGUCGGCAAAAAGAUCGACACCUGCUACCUGGAUACGACCUACCUGAAUCCCCAGUAUUGUUUCCCUCCUCAGCCGCUAGUCAUCGAUGCGUGCGCUACUCUGGCUAAGCGGUCGAUCUUUGGGCAGCAUGUCGCUGCCGUAACGGACGCCGGGGGAGGCAAGGGGAUCAUGGGUCAGCCGCCCGAAGAUUCCGCUCGGGCUGGCGCCAAGAAGGAGGAGAAUGUCGCCGAUGACGAAGACGUCAAGCCGUAUCUCAAGGGCCUGGAAGGAAUGGAUACGACCGAAAGGGGAAGACGCUUGAUGAACUCGUGGCUAGUCAAGGAAGAAGAGGAUGCUAAAGAGGAAGUGGAUAACAUCACGACCAAGAAGACGGGCAGGACCCUGAUCGUCAUUGGUACCUAUUCGAUCGGCAAAGAACGUAUCGUCAAGGCGGUCGCGCGUGCGGUCGGAAGCAAGAUCUAUUGCGACGCUCGGAAACGAGGGAUUCUCAUGUGUCAAGCGGAUGAAGAGCUACAUUCCAUGCUGACAAGCGAUCCAGUCGAGGCUUCGAUCCACUUGGUACCGCUACAGAUGAUUCAACUAGACCGACUCGAACCAUACCUCCAGAAGCUCAGGGAGCACUUUGAGCGAGUCUUAGCCUUUCGUCCGACUGGAUGGACAUUCACGCCGCCGGCCGGGACGGAGAGCAUGCCGGACAUCAAUUAUGUCAUCCGGCGCGAUCAGAGCCGGACUUUUACUGCCGAAUAUUUGCGGCCUAUGCGAGGAUCCUGUCGUCAAUUCAUGAUCUUCGGGAUUCCUUACUCGGAACACUCUAGUUUCUUCGAAUUGACCUGUUUUGCCCUGUCCGUGCCUGGGCCGGACGUCAAGAUGAUCGCGACGGUCAACGUGGGGAAUGAGAGGAGUCGAGGCAAGAUGAAGCGAUGGUUUGAAAAAUGGCAAGCUGAAAAGCAGAAACGAGCGAAAGCGGGUCUGGGAGUGGUGGAAUAUCGGGAUGUGACUUAUUGGUGAGACGGAGAAACUGGCCAACCUGGUAGGACGGUGUUUUGAUCUCUUUGGAUCAGGUAGCAUGUGCAGGUAGAUCCAGGCUGGUUGUACAUCUUGACUUGAGCGUCGUAUCAUAUACCCUGGGACGCUUUGAAA